ACUCCCGCUAAAGCUCCUACAAGAACCGCCUGUCUGCUCUCUUUCCCCGUGUAUUUUAAGACAUCGGCGCUUUGUCUGCGGUAUAAACGCCGGUGAGUGGCAGCUUCAGUCCCUGGCGGUGAGAAGAAGCGGCGCCCGCGGCAACGUGGCAGAGUCAGACUCAGCACUGGGCGAACACUGGAUAACAACAAGAGCGGACUGCCUGCUGGCCAAUCAGAGGGCGAGGGCGGGAUCUGCGCGGCGUCUUGGCCAAUGAAAAUCUACUAGUGGAUCGAUUUGCGUACAAGCCACGCCUUAGUUUUGGAAUAUCAGGAAGUGGUGCAGUGCCUUGUUUUUGGAUGGGGUGAAAUGAAGCUAUGUUAUGGAUGUACUCAACUGAAAAACAUGUAUUUUGCUCAUGUUUUUUGAUAUAGUCAAUGGAAUUAACUAAUAUGGAUCACAUAUCAGCUACUGCACGAGUUUUAUAAUAACGUCUCCUUGUAUUAUUAUUAUUAUUAUUAUUUAGCUUUGACAGACUAGUUUCCAUCAGUCCCAGCAUCAUGAGGAACUUUGCUCAUCCCGCCGCUUUGGCUUAUUGCAUGACGACGCUCGGUGCAGGCAUGAUGAACAGCAUUUUCAGUUUCUACUAUGUGAAGCUGUUCUUAAAUAAGUACAGGAUAUCAGAGGCGGCUUUCCACCAGUCACAGGUGGUCUACAUGAUCUGGAAUGCUCUGAAUGACCCGCUGUUUGGAUAUUUGCAAGACAACUCUCAGAUGGAGUGCUGCUCCCGGCGCAGGCUCUCCAUCUUAUACGGAGCCCCUCUGUACUGCCUGUCCUUCCUGCUGGCCUGGUUCCCCUGGAGGACGUACGAGCCCGAAGACUGGUUGAGCGGCGUCCACCUCAUGGUAACCCUCUGUGCUUUCGACGGCAUGCUCACAUUUGUGCUGCUGGCCCAGUGCGCACUGUUCGCAGAGAUCUCCGGAAACCACCACAACCGGCUGAGGCUCAUCAAGUACAGCCAGUUGGCGUCUCUGGUGGGAUCCUCCAGUGUGUUGUUCUGCGGCCUCCUCUCCAAAAACAUGGAGGAUUUCGCAUCCUUCCAGGCCUUCAGUGUGCUGGUGGCUGUGCUGGCCUGCGUCUGCAUGCUGUACACGGGCCUCCACAGCGAGAGCCGUUUCGACAGCAAGAGCUCGGCCAAUGAUGCGCAGAGUCCGGCGCUCUCGCUGGCGUCUGUGCUGUCCAUGACCUGGCAGAUCCUGAGCAACAGAGACUUCCAGGUCUUCGUCUUCAUGAACUUCUUCCAGGUCUUCAUGGUGGCGUUCUGCAACAACUUCACCAUGAUCUUUGCAGAGCAGCUCAUUCCUCAGGACGUCCUACCGUCGCUUGCCAAGAGCGUCAUGUAUGGAGCCGGAUUCAUCUGUCCGCAGAUAUUGGUGUUGUGCAGUCAGGAUCUUCUGCGUAAGUUCGGCUACUUCAGACUGAUCUUGAUCUCCUUCUGUGUGGAAGCCGGAGCCGCGCUCAUCAUGCUGCUGCUAGGCCCUCACAACCACUACUUCCUCGCAUUGUUCCUCACUUCCAACAUGGUGCUGGUUCAGGCUGCCUUCAGUCUCUUCAAUUUGCCUCUGGCAGACAUCAUUGACUCCGACCUGCAGAAAUACAAACGCAGCUCUCCUCUCUCCUCGAUGGUAUUUGGGACCAAUGCUCUCUUCACGAAGCCAGCUCAAUCUCUGGCUCCAAUGCUGGUGGUAUCCGUCCUCAACCAGUACGGAUAUGCAGAGAUGGAGGAUGCGGGGAAGAAUGUAGAUUCAGCUGCUCUGCGCAGCUGUAUGUUUCUCCUGGUGUGUGUGGUGCCGCUGUGUGUGGCUCUGCUGCAGGUGUUGGUCUGGAGGCUCUUCUCCAUACGGGACAGCCACACACUGGACGCCAAGUACACCGAUGGAUGAUUGCAGAUGUUUAUUUCGUCUUUGUGUGAACUUCUGUAAAUGUACAUUUCGAUUGUCAGAAUGUACUGCCGUGAGAAAGGGAGUUUCUAGAUGAAAAAAUGAUUCAGGGAUUUCUCAUUGAUGAUUUUUCUGGUGGUUUUCUUGUUUUAUUUAUUGUUGAAAUGUAUGCUCAGAUUGCAUCCAGAAUGCAAGACAUGAGAUGUACUAUCUGAAAUGUAGGAAAUAUGAUAUAUGAAAGGGAAAUCUACAAUGAAACAGUCAUUUUUGGAAAAAUAAUCUGUUAAUGUUUGAUUAAGGACUGAAAUGGGAAGGGAAGAGAUGUUGUAUCUCCUAAUGGGGUUGAAGGAUUAUAAGUAACUUGCCUAUUCCACACCACUCAUCAAUAAAUCAUGUAAAAUAGCAGUUGAGUGUAUAUGAUGUAUGAAGGAAGAGAGUGAGAUGGAGAUAGUAAAGCCUUGCAGAAUUACAGAGACCAAAAGUGUCAGUCGCCACAGAUCAAAUUGAACUUACCAUUUUCUUUAAAUAUAAAAUGUCAUGUUGUGGUUGAACAAUCAAUCCGAAUAUACACACACAUCAAUAUUAAGCUAGGAAAGCUAAAUAUUAGGUCUUUUGCUAAUAAAAUGAAUUCGACAAUGAAUGGAGAUUUGUGCCUUAUACAUUUGAUUCGGUUUUGAUUCUGUAAUAGUUUGGUAAGUGGAUAAAUUGUUGCUGUUGCUUAUGUUUUUUAAGGCAAUAAACUUGGCCUACACUG